AUGGCGAAGGACACAGCGAAUACACGGAGGCUCCGCAUCGCAUGCGACCGAUGUUAUGAUCUCAAGGAGCGAUGUGUUCGCGAGUGCGUUACAGCGACUUGCGUCAGAUGCGAGCGGUUGCGCUUGCACUGCUCAACUGACAGGCCAGUGCGCCCAUCUGGCCGUCGACCGCAACACGGUAAGCGGACGGUUUCGCAGAGGAGCUCGACGUUACUCAACAAAUCGGAACCAGCGUCAAUUGAUGUGAGCACCAAGUUGCAAUAUGUUCCCGACUAUGAUAUUUGCGCGGAGGAGAAAGAGCUGUUAAUGUUCUUGCUGGGUCAGCCUGAGAGAGUUCAGUCGCUAGUCGUGCUCCGCAGUUUUGCAAUCAUCGAACAACAGGCACUAGCAGCUUUGCUACCUUUUGCACUGCCAAUACUCAAGCAUGCUUACCUUGCAUGCGCUGUCUGGCUCAAAUCGCUCCAGUAUGGCACUGGCGAAGAAGUCGCUAGAAACGCGGGAGUCCUUUUCUCAUCCCCCGCCAUGAGCACAUUGCGUACACUCUCUGUCACGACCGAGCAGGACGCCACUCUGUGCCUUGCUCUCGGGAACACAUUGGCAUUCUUCGUCUAUUCGAGCAUUGGCUACGGCGUCGCAGAUAUCUGCCACUACUGCAUUAGUGCAGUGAGCCCAAUCAUAACUUCUACGCCACCAAGUUUGCCUCUGGAGUCAUGGAAAAGCUUCCUUGAACUUCUCGAGGUGAUGGAAUGUUUGACACAUCGCCGGUCGCCAACACCAAGAGCACUGCAGCAGCUACAAGAGCGCGUGGAUAGAAAGCUUGGCCUCUGCCUGCCUUUACUGCCACAUUUUCAGGAUCUCUGCAUCAUCAGCCAUUCCUUGUCAAACGAGACCGAUGCAAGUUGCAUAGCCCGCAUUCAUGCUCAGCUGGACAAAAUCUAUACCGCCGUGGAUGAAUGGAUCCCGUCGCACGCACGUCAGAUACUUGACCACUUCGACUCCACUGAGCUCGUCCAUCUUCUUGCGCAAGCUAAGGUUUACCGACUAGCUGCACUAUUGGUGGCUCAUAGGUUAAGACACGACUUUGGGAGCGAAGAUGACAAGGCUGAUGUCUGGUCAAAUGAAGUAAUGAGGGAGCUUGAGCUUACGAAGCAUAUGACGAAGCAACCGCUACGAUUCGUCACGCUACCGUUCAUAGUAGCAGCCAUUGAAGUCAGAGGUACGGAAGCGCGCGUUAGCACACUGCAGGCGGUCAAAGAUUACGUCGAUGGUUUUGCACCAGUCAUCCAGCGAGCGACGACAACUUUUCUCUCGCGGAUCUGGCAUGAACGAGAUAUCACGACGACAGCUCGUUGGUUCGAUUCAAUUUCUAAGCCAUGCGUUGUUUUGCAUUCAAUAGACACUGCUCUCUGUUCCUGA